AUGUCGUCAAGCCCGGGCUCGAAGGGGGGGGGCCCCCCGCUGCCGCUGCACAGCUGGGGCUCCGUGGUGCUGCCGGAAGAGCCGCUGCGGGGGCCCCCCUUCGAGAGCCGUUUGCUGCUGGAGCUCGGCGAGUUCGUGCUGCAGCAGGGGCCCCUCCUCAGCAGCACGGGAAUAGACCCUAUAGAGCUCAACAGCAUUUUGACUUCCAUCAAGUUGGCAGCAAAAGUCAUCAACCGCAUAAUCACCAGGCAGGGCGCCUACGGGCUCGACGGGGACGACCUGACGGACGAAGACGCCUUCCGGCAGCUGCGGCUGCUGCCCUGCGGGCUGCCAGUUGUGGUGUCUCCGCGGGCGCGGCAAACUGCUGCGCUGCUGCACCUGGACAAUGUCUUUGAAGUGCAGCUUUUUCUGGAAGCUCUCGUGAGGUUUCCCUGCAGCAGCGCGCUGCAGCAGCUCGCUCCCCGCUGCAGCAGCAGCAGCAGCAGCAGCAGCAGGAAAAGGAGCGGCGCAAAGAGCGCCGCUGCAGCGCAAGAGCUGCGAAAGUCCCACACGGCGGCCGCUGCUGCUGCUGCUGCUGCUGCUGCUGCUGCUGCUGCUGCUGCAGAAGCAACUCUGAAGGCCCCCACCGAAGACGUGGCCGAACUGAAGCCAAUUGCACACAGAGCCUUCAUGGACGCAAUUACAAACAGACAAGGAGCAGCAGGAAUUGCCAGCAGCUUCGACGGGACCUUCACGCCCUGCCACGGCUGCGAGGACAAAGGUUUGGUGGUGCUGGUGAGUCCUUUGGACGGCACGCGUCAAAUCGACGUGAAUGUUUCUUCGGGCUCUUUAUUUUCCAACGACGCAGCAGCAGCGACGCAGCUGCUGCCCAGGCGCAGCAGCAGCAGCAGCAGCAGCAGCAGCUUGCUGCAGCGGGAACCCGGGGGGCACCGGCAGGCACAUGGGGGCCCCCAGGGGGCCCCCGAGAGGGGGGGCCCCCAUGGGCGAAGGGCUCUUUCAGCAGCGCAGCAAAAUACCCACAGGAGACACAGGAGAAGGGGGCUGCGGAGGCCGCAGCAGCAGCAGCGGCAGCCGUUUGCUGCUGUUGCUGCUGCUCCUGCAGCGUCAGCCACUGCUGCUGCUGCUGCUAAAAGGAGACACAGAAACAGCCUCAGGGGAGUCCAAAGCGAAGGGGGGACAGCACUGUCAUCUGCUGCUACCAGCGACGACGACAGCGGGGCCUCUUCAGACAGCAGCAGCAGCAGCAGCAGCAGCAGCAGCAGCUGCAGCAGCUGCAGCAGCCGCAGCAGCAGCAGGAACGACCCAGGCGAAACUAGAGAACUCAGGAGACAUGCAGCAGCAAAGCCAGCCCAGCAGCUCUACUGGGGGACCAACGCGGGCAGUUCUUAG